CAAAAAUAAAAAUUUACUGAAAAUGAAAUAGCGGACUCUUGUCGUCCAGUCAAAGCUUUUCUUCUCUGCUCUGUUCUCAGCUUUCUGCCAUUCACUCCUCACUCAGCGGCGGAGAGAGAGAGAGAGAGAGAAAGAGAAGAAUUAAACUGCACGAUUACGUCCUCCUCUUUUCUAUGUUUUGUUUGUCUCUCUGAUUAUUAAGAGAGAGAGAGAGAGAUAACGAAAGGAUCUAUCUAAAAUGGAGUACGAGAGGAUUCACAAGGUUCAGACUGGUAUAAUAUCUCCAAGUAAACUGAGAAUGAAGCUUAUUGGUCCUCACCACCAGAAGAAAAAUGCUGGAUCAAAUUCGAAUUCCUCUAGAACAUCUCCUUCAAAGCUCGAAGAUUCGGAAUUUGUAAAGAACGGCUUGUUGGCUGCCCAAAGUGGGGAUUUUGAUCAGGAAGUGUCUACCAGUACAUUGUCUGAAAAUUCAACAGCGGCUGCAGAUCAAGGUGAUUCUGGUUCUAGCCUGCCAAAUGAGGUUAUGGCUAGGGAAACUAGUGCAGCCGAUUACAGGAAGACACAAAGAUUAUCCAAGGCAGACUUUCCUAAUUUCAAUCCAGUGAACUCUGUCAAAACACAUGAAGAUGAUAAUCUUGAUUAUGAUAGUACAUCUAGCUUUGAGUUUCACAAAGGAGAAAGAUUACAUCACCACCCAGCAAGAUCAUUUUCAAGGCCGAUGCCCUCAAAGUGGAAUGAUGCAGAGAAGUGGAUCAUGAAUAGGCAAAAUGUCCCACCUAACUAUUCAAAGAAAAUCCAUUUACAGCACCAGCACCAACACCAGCAUCGUUCUUUGGCUAAUAACAUGGUGAGGGUUGCUCCAGAAUCUGCUAAUUAUGAUAACAAAUCACUAGUUAAACGGGUUGAUUUCUGUCAACCUGCUUCACAAUUGGGUGCUCAUCCUAUUUCUGCUCAAGGGAACGGAACAAAUGCUUCUAUUGAUCUGAAUCCUGAUUGUAGAGAUUUGAUGGAGGUGGAGAAUGAGAUAUCUUCAACAAAGAAUGCAACUGAAAAUACAACAGGUGUCCCCGGUGUUAGGUCAGUUUCAAUGAGAGACAUGGGAACAGAAAUGACCCCAAUUCCAAGUCAAGAACCUUCAAGGACUGCCACUCCUCUUGGUUCAACCCCACUUCGCAGUCCGACAUCAUCUAUCCCUUCUACUCCUCGAUGGGGAGAGCCAGCACCUACGCCUACAGUUCUAUCCAUUGAUGGUGAAUGCCGUUCUUCAACUGGGAAUGGGAAAAAGGAUAUGUCAGAGCAAGAACUGAAGCUUAAAACUAGGAGAGAGAUUGUAGCUCUUGGGGUAAAACUUGGGAAAAUGAACAUUGCUGCUUGGGCUAGUAAAGAUGAUAAAAGUCCUUCUUUGACUGAAACAAGUAAUUUGAAUGAACUCGAACAAAUUGAAUUUGCAAAACGAGCGGCUGCUUGGGAGGAAGCUGAGAAAACAAAGCAUAAUGCUAGGUUGAAAUUGCAUUUCACAUUCUCCAUUAUCACAUCCAUCGUUGAUUCUUUUCCUCGUCAUAAAUAGUUACUGACACCCCUAUAAUUUUCAGAUUUAAGCGUGAGGAAAUAAAGAUCCAAGCCUGGGAAAGCAGGCAGAAAGCAAAGCUCGAAGCAGAAAUGAGGAGAAUUGAGGUAUUUUCAUGUGUCUCUUGUUGAAAUUAUCAAGUGAAAAGUUCUAGUCACUGAUGCCUGAUGGUGCACAAGUUGAAUAUUAUUAUCAGUGAUGAUUCAUUCCAAAUGACGAUUUAGUAAAAAAUGAUUGUGCUUCCUGUCUAUGCUACGUCAUUAACUCACUGAUCUCAUUUUAAUUCAUUAAGAACAUAAGAGAGAUAUUUACACAUCCUUUUCCGAUAUAUGGAUCGUUAAUUUUUCUUUUAAUCUUUUGCAUCAUAUUGAUGACCUAACCUGGAUUGAACUUGAUCUGUUGUAAUUAUUUUCUGACUGGCUAUUAGCAAGAACCUUAGAAUUAGUACCAAAAGGGUAGAAAAGCUGAUAUUGAGUAACACCAAGGUUUACUCUUGAUUUUACGACAAUGGCUGUACAAGUAAGUUUGUGUUGUAAAUAUUCUAUUCCUGCCCGUGAUGCUCUGUAGGCACAAGUUGAGCAAAUGAGAGCACAAGCCCAAGCAAACAUGGUGAAGAAGAUUGCAUUGGCAAGGCAAAAGUCUGAGGCAAAACGAGCAGCAGCUGAAGCGAGAAGGAACAGUAAAGCAGAACAGGUUGCUGCACAGGUAGAAUAUAUCCGGCACUCAGGGCGACUUCCAACCUCCUCUUUCACAUGUUGUGGCUGGCCGUGAUACCAGUAGUCUGAGUUGCCUAGACGGGGCUCUCUGGAAAGUAAAUUGUAGUCUCCCAAACAGUUGGUGUAAUGAACAACAGAAGAUUAGGUGCUGUGUGUAAGUUAUAGUAUCGGUGUGAAGAUGAUUUCAUUAAAGGAAAAUGGAAGGGUCCGUUGUCUUACAUUUUCUCUUUUUUGGUUUUCUCGUACUUAAUCAAAGCUGUUUUGAGUACUUUUUACAGAGAAAACCUGUUUAUUGUGAAUUAUAUACUUCGCCAAUUAAGCUAAUAUAGUGUGAAAAAGAGAUGUUUUUUUCUUUUUUUUUCUUCCCCA